AUGCCGUCUCAGGUCCAUCUCCCCGCAUGGACAGCCGUCCGAAACGCAUCCGUAUUUGCCUCCCUUUCUGUGCAUGCUUCUCCAUCACAUUCAAAGAAGAAAUCCUGCAUUCAUGUAAUCUUCCUACCCAGAGAAGACGAAUCCACUCAAAGCGAAGACGACGACGGUGUCGGCGAUAGUCUCAUUGCAUGGACAUUUCCAAAUACCUUGAGCCAGCCAACAAAGGAUCUCAUUCUCCGCGCCGUGAACAAAGCGCAUCUUUUGAGAACAAACAUACUAGUCCUCCAAUGCCUCCUUUCAGACCUUCGGUCCCGGAAUGCAGCCCUAAGUGAACACACCUAUAGACGCAAGUGGCGAAAUCCAUGGCCCUCCAAAGUUCAGGAUGCCUAUGACACUUAUAAGAAAGAUGACCACCUUUGGCGGGAUUUGAGAAAUCGCUUCGAGAAACACUGCUCUACAUAUCGUAACGUGCGUCCUGUAUCGCGUCUGCUUAUUGAGAGACUCUGUAUAACGUUGGACCUGGGCGAUGCCGCCGUACGAACAAGUAGAGGCCGCCUUCAGUUUCUGGACAAGUACUUGUGCGCUUUUGCAAAAUAUAGACAAGUCGGAACACACAUUCACGAAGGAUCCAAGGCCCUGCGAAGCGCUGAGCAUGCCAUGACGGAGAUGACUCUGAUGUUGAACUUGCUUUCUGUACCGUGA